AAAUGAGUUCAGCAGAGCAAAAUGUGAAUGCCUAUGGAUGGGCUGCCACAGAUUUAUCUGGAAUUCUCUCUCCCUUCCACUUCACCCGGAGAGCUAAUGGAGACAAUGAUAUUACAAUAAAGAUAUUCUACUGUGGUAUUUGCCACACCGAUCUUCUCCUUGCAAAGGAUGAAAUAGGCAUGACCGACUAUCCUCUUGUCCCCGGGCAUGAGAUCGUGGGACAAGUAACAAAGGUUGGGCGCAAUGUGUCAAAGUUCAAAGUUGGAGACAAAGCCGGAGUUGGGUCCAUCGCCGAUUCAUGUGGCAAAUGCGACCACUGCGAUGAAGGCGAAGAAAAUUAUUGUCCCAAAGUGAAUUGGAUCUUCAAUGGACAGUUCGAAGACGGAUUAAGAUCCUACGGUGGAUUCUCCGAUAAGAUCGUGAUCAAUCAACGCUAUGCGGUCCGAUUCCCAGAUGGGUUCCCAUUGGAUGGUGCUGGUCCUUUGCUUUGCGCAGGGAUCACAGUGUACAGUCCCAUGACAUACUUUGGACUGGCACAGCCUGGUACACAUAUAGGUGUGGUGGGGCUUGGAGGGCUGGGCCAUUUGGCCGUGAAGUUUGCAAAAGCUUUUGGAAUGAAGGUCACUGUGAUAAGUACCUCACCGGCCAAACGGAAUGAAGCUGUGGAAAAACUUGGUGCUGAUUCAUUUUUGGUCAGUCAUGACCAAGAGCAGUUGCAGGCUGCCAUGGGCACAAUGGACAGCAUAAUGGAUACGGUUUCUGCUUCGCACUCUCUCUUGCCACUGGUUGGUUUGUUGAAGACCAAUGGAAAGCUAAUUUUGUUGGGUGCUCCAGCCCCACCGCCUGAGCUACCAAUUUUACCCUUAAUCCUGGGGAGAAAGCUAAUCGCUGGGAGUGCAUGUGGAGGAAUGAAAGAAACAGAAGAGAUGGUGGAUUUUGCAGCAAAGCACAAUAUCACAGCAGACAUCGAAGUUGUUCCUAUGGACUAUGUGAAUACUGCCUUCGAAAGACUUGCCAAGAAUGAUGUUAAGUACCGCUUUGUCAUCGAUGUGGCCAACACCUUAAAUCCUCCCUUUUGAUUUCAAUGAACAAUUGGACUCCAAUUCUACCUUCCUAUAUAGGCCAGUAUACUGGUCAGUAUUAGUUUUGAAAUAAUUAGCCCAUAUAUAUUAAUAAUAUAUA